GUUCGUCCAAAUCAAAUUCCCAACUCUUGUAGAAUAUUGUAGUAUGCUCAAUGCUGUAGAUAAUUAGACCAUACUCCGGUAGUUCGUGAUGUUCGUCCCCACCGUCAUAAUGUGUAACGAUAUUGUGUGUAUUAUACGAAAAUAAGUGGGUCUCCUCUCUGAGCGCCAAACAUCGCUGUCCAUUCUUACUGAGACGAUUAUUGAAAUUCACCGAAUCGAGACGGCAGCUGGACCAUUAAAUUUCUGCUUGAAUCGUUUUUGAUAACGGUGAGUCCGACUUGGCAAUAAUAUGUGUUGGUUUCAGUAACGCUACGUACAUUACGUCGCGUGAUUUUCAUUCGAUUGGAAUCUGAGAAAUGGGUUCCAAAAUAGAAUAUGUGGACUCGUCGCAAAUGUACGCCACAAACUAUGUGCGUAACGCCAAAGCAGUAGGCGUUUUGUGGGGUAUAUUCACAGUUUGCUAUUCAAUAAUCGUAGCAGUGGCCUUCAUCACUCCAGAAUGGAUUGGUGACACCACAACAUCUGAAAAUCCUGCUCGUUUCGGGCUAUGGAGCAGCUGUUACUUUGGUAAUGGUGUUUCGGCUGCUGUCGAGGACUGCCAGGGAAAGCUGGAAGAUCUAUCCAAUAUACCUAGUGUAGCCAUAAGAGUGGCUGCGAUUUUUGGCAGUGUAUCGGUGUGCAUUUCCAUAAUUAUUGUGCUGAUGUUGUUGUUGUUUUUCUUUUUUCAAUCUACAACAGUGUACCUUAUUUGUGCAUGGUUACACGUUUUAUCUGCUGGAUGUCUGAUUGCAUCCAUUGUUGUUUUUCCAAUGGGCUGGGAUUCACCACAUAUUCAGAAGACUUGUGGUCCUGAGGCUAAAAGUUAUAGUCUUGGCGACUGUACUUUUCGUUGGGCAUAUUUAUUAGCAGUCAUUGCUAGUGUGGAUGCACUUAUUUUAUCAGCGUUGGCGUUUAUUUUAGCUACUAGGCAUAUAAAACUUCAACCGGAACCCUUAUAUGCAUCUACUUUGCGUAAAGGUGAACUCAAUAGUGGAUAUUUGGGUGACAGUAGUGCAUCAAUGGCUGGUUCUAGAAAGUCAUUGAAUUUGCAACCAGUUAUGUUGAUGCCACAGCCAAUGAUGGAUCAAGAUCGAUUUUCAGAAUUUUCUAACAGGACAGGUCGCUCUCAUAAAGGUGCCAUGUACAGACCAGAGUAUGCUUCAUCUAGUAUUCAUAAUUUUCAACUCUAAAGAAUUUCUAGAGAAAAUUAUGAUACUUUUUAAGUUUUCUUCUUUUAGUAAUAGCUAAUGAAGAUAAGACAGGGUACAACCAUUAUUACAUAUUUUUAUGUAUAUUAAAUUAUUAGUUUAAAAGAUUUAGCCAUUAAAUUAAUAUUAUAAAUGGAAUGUUGAAGUGAAAUUAUUUUCACUAUUGAUUAUAUAUAUUUUUUAGAGUAUUAUAAAUGUAAUUAUUUUUUAAAUGUCAUUAUCAUUUUAAAAAAUUUGGGGAUAUUUGAACAUAAAGAAUUUUUAUUUUAUUUAUAUUUAAAACGUGUAAGUAAUACUUGAACAAAUUGCUUGCAAUUUAUUUUUAAAGUUAUCCAAUAUUUUUAAGUAUUAUUGUGAAUCUCAAUAUUUUCAUUUGUUUGGUUAUUUAAAUUAAUACUUAAUAAGUUAACAUUGAAUAUUAUUUUGAUAAUUUAUGAUGUCCGUCCAGUUAUAACUAUUAUUUCUUUAUACUUUUAUACCUUUAUUUGUGAACUAUGUUAUUAUAACUGAUUUUACUAGAUAAAAAAUAAAAUACUAUACUCAUUACUUACAAUA